UGCACUCCGAAAGCAACAACUCAAGCUAUUUCUCAGCCUUUCUUCACCUUCUUCUUCAAAAAUAAAGCCUGAAAUUCACUCUGUUUCUUAGGAAUUGGUGAAACCCCAAUUCAAAGAAAUGGAAACCAUAGCCUACAAAUCCAAGAACAACCCAAAAACAAGCCUACUACCUCCAAGGAGAGGACAGAUCAAGCCCAAGGUAAUCAGAGAAGUGUUCAAAUUUGUGAAAAUGGCGGGUAAGGUUGGAGGGAAAAAAGGAGAAAAUGGAGGAGGAGGAGGAGGGUGUCUUAGCUCAACCUCCACAACCCCACAUGCAACUCCAAGUGGCCACACCUCGGAAACCCAUUCUGAUGCUUGAUCUCUACAGGAUCCAUUGAUUUGUUUUGUUUGUAUAGUUUUAAAAGGAACAUAUUUUUUUUCCUGAUUCUUUGUUUGGAUUAGAGGAAAAUUCAUCAAAUUUUCCAUUAUUAUACGGUUUUAUUGAUUUGGGUUUUUUAAUCAUCCCCAGUUGAGUCCUGUUUGUAACUGUGUUGUUAGUUGUUACUUAGUGUUUAUUAGUUCCCAAA